CUUUUGGUCGCACUGCAACGAGUGGGUAGCAAUUUCAAAACACAGCUCACACCAAACAAAAACUGCUUUAACUUAGUACUGGCGGUGGGCAUAUUCAAGCCAUGCCUAUCCGCCGUCUAUCUGUUUCAGCAGAGCAUGGAAAUCCAGCUCAGAGCUCAAAUAGAGCCCAUAGAAGCAACGACUCUCACCAUAUUCUCACAGGAAACGGCGGGCCAAUCCAUCCACCUUCCAUAGCUUACUCGGGCGCGUCUACUACUCCGCAACAGAAGAUGGUAGUACAAGCCCUCAUAAACACCAGAAUAAAGAAUAAACUACCCAUCCAUUCUGGCCUUUCUUUGGAUAUUGUCGAGUCGGAUCCUGCGACGCAGAGAGCAGUAUGCGCGUUGGUGGAGAUCGCGCACGACUCGUUAGACAUAAUAGCUUGGUCGCUAAGCGAACUGCUCGAACGACUCGCAAAGCAAGUUGAUGCAGACGGACAAAUGACCACUGAAGCAUUACAAUCUCAACUGUUUAUCUUGAAGAUUUUGUCGGUAUGCAUGACAUCGAGAUGGAAUCACCGACACGAACAGGACGAUACGCAUUCCUGUCGCGGGCCCAAACCCCAGAAUGGCAGCCAGGCUCCUGGUCAUGUUGAAUCGCCAAUGCCCUCUUCGAGUCAGCACGGCAAGAAGACUCGGCAAGCUUCCACUGAGUUCUCCUCAUCUACACCACCUCCAUGGACAGAGGCUUAUCCUCUGGACGACAAUUGUGCACGUUAUAUACUGAGUGUGAUGGUUCUCUACCUCCGUCAGACAGCAGCGCCGGAAGCUCGACUCAUGUCAUCUUCAAACCUGGCCCCUGACGCGUCAUUGCACGAUUUCGAGUCGGUGGAUUUACCGACGGAGUCAUCGGCAUUCGACGAUUACGCGGGAAACAAUGGCCCUUUACUACCUCCUCACAUAUCUCAUGGAACGAAGCCGAUCCUGAAGCUCAGGAAUUCAUCUGCGUCAUUCCAAUCAGCUGCCAGUGCAACCUCAGGGCACUGGCAGCUAGGCCGCACGUUCCAGUUCGAGAGAACUCAUAUGGCGCUUGUGAAAUCCGCACUUGCACUGAAUCUUCUUAUCAGCAAGUUUGCAGGACGAAUCGUUUAUCACCUAUCCGCGUCAAACUGGUUAGUUGUCUUCCACAGAAUACGCCAAAAGAUCCACGUUCUCGCCAACACAACGGAGGACAACCCCGAUACAAUCGAUUUGCAGCUCAUGACACAUAGCGCGAUGGACAGAACGCGACUCGUCCAAGUUCUGCAUGUGCUUUCGUCUCUUCUUGUGAACAUGAAACGGCAAGCUCAGACAGCGGUUGCCAUCCCAUUACGUAUGGCAAUCUGGAAUUGGAUUGAGAUGUGCCCGCAGGAGUACAAUGAGGCAGUGAGAUCAAGAGGGAGACUCGAGGGCGCACCAGAGCGCGUCUUCGACCUCCUGCACUCCGCGAACGAACCCGGUCGGGAGCGUGCGCUUUGGCCGACGUUGACCGUCCUUGCUUGUCUCGCUGCUGAGCGCCUGUCGCCAGAUUAUCAGAUCGAUGUCGAGAGUCGUUCCUCAAACUUCCCUACUCACAAAUCCAGCCACAGGAAGGAUAUCCGUUUCGUAGAGGACCUACUCAGGCAUUCGAACACGAAUUCAAAACUCUCCGAUGUCUCUUUCGUGUGUGCGAUUGACAUGUGCAGAGCUGGAUUUCGGAUAUCGCCCGAUGGCGAAAUGCCCCUCAGACAUAUUGCGGCAGACAUCUCGCAUGAAAUCAAGUCGACCUUGCAGAAGUCACCCGGGCAGAAGCCAUUCUGGGACUCCUUUGAUGAAAUCGACGUCGCCACCUAUGCUGAGGCACUUGUCGCUGUAUUCCGUUUCCUACCGGAAGAUGAAUCGAUAACGUUGUUCUUGGAUUGCCUGGAGCCUGAGCGGUCCGAUGCAGUGAAGAUUUGUGCUAUCAAGGCUGCUACUACCUUGUCAAUAGAGGCACCCCGUGUUCCUUGGCAGCAAUCCUUGGAGAAACUCCAGUUCGCUAUCUCACCGCGCUUGAGAUGCAUCUACAAGACUGCUUCUAUGCGGCUCAGCGAAUACGACAGUAAUGGGGCUAUUCGUCGUGCAGCGUCUCGGCCCAAGGCCAAGCGCUUCACGUCCGAAACGCUGAUCGACAAAGACCUCAUGCUCCUUUCCAUUCUUGCACUGUUGCGGGCAUCGCCAGAUUACUAUAUCGCUAACAUCGAAGACACAGAUGUGGAAGGCUGGGAUUCGAUCUCUUCACGAGUCCGCGACUCAGAUACUGAUACAGCCGUCAAAAUAUCGGCCGCGACGUCGCACCAGCAUCUCACAGAUAUCUUCUUCAAGAUGCCUCCGACUGACCCUUACUACAAGAUGAUUGAAAGGUGGAUGAAAAACGCGAUGCCGAUGUCGUUAAUGUGCAUCGCAAAGAGGUUGCUGCUGACUAGGCUCGAUCCUGACAGCCAGAGGCUGUGGAUACAUGUCGCUCAUCAGCUCGUCGAAUGUUACCAUAGGAAGAGCGAGGAUAACCAUGCUCAUGGCAUGCAAUUCGACAAGGACCGUGUGCCAGCCUUCGCGAUGUGUGAGAUCGCCUUCUUAGUAUCCCUUACAUCAGUCAGCAGUGAUGUCUCGCAACUUGCUGCCCAAGGUCUUCGUCUCAUCGCACAAGCUGAGCGGCAACCUGGAGCUCCUGUCAACCACGGCCUUACUGAGGAAGAACGCUCGAAGCGAAACCCGAUAUACGAACAGCUCGGUGAUCCCAGCGUCAUCAUCGUUGGACGUGUCAGAGAGCAGAAACGUGUCAGAAAGCUCUUGCGUUUGGUCGCGAACUCCUCGCCCAUCAACAUCGCUGUUUGGGAGGAGUGCUUUUAUAGAUGGAGUGCGCUCUCAGAGUUUAUCGGGCAGAAUUCCCUGGCAGCAGCAGCAGCCUUCGACGAUUCUCAUUUGAGCAAGCACGAGCAGCUCAUGUCUCUCGAGGAUAAAUUCUUCCAAUGGAGAAAUCUCACGUUGUUCCUAGCCGCUUUCGGUGGUGUCACCGUACAAGAAAAGCACGACCAUGGUGCCCUUACUGCUGCGAUCUCUCCUGAGUUUUUGCUUGAUGACAUGCGUUCGCUGAGAGACCCGGCAGACCUCGUUGCUAUUUUCAUCGAGUUCCUGACCGGUGCCCUUAUUGACGACGCCGUUCGCGUUCGGGAGGUUGCACGUGAAGCUCUUGGGUCGGAACUUAGCCCUCGUCUCUUUUCAAAGCUGUUCAGACAUCUUGACGAUAUCACGCGGAACAUUACGGCUGGAGCAGGUGUGGAGUUCAAGGAUGAAUACGGAUUAUUCUUGGAUCAGUUGAUUUCGGUCUUGAAAUCACUUGUCGAGAAUGCACAAAUGCCACCCGAUGAAGCUCUCAGUAUUGAUCUCGGGUCGAUCUUGCAUAUCCUCGUCGGAUUUAUCUCACGUUUCAGCGAUCCAGUGUCGUACCGGAUUCGGGUCAAAUUUUGCGCCCUCUGCGAUAGCAUCUGCCACCGGACGGACACGUUGACCUUGCGUAAGGACGACCUAUCGCGCAAUCGUAUCAUUGAUAUCGUGAUGGAUUGGUUCCAGGAUCCAACAUUGAACACCGACCCCGAAGCUAUCCAAUUUCAGUACGAGUUGAACUUCGCGUCUCUUCGCACAGUCGUCAAGCUCCUUGAACGCUUAAAACUCCAGCCGAUCGAUAAUAAUUCCAAUGAUAGCGAUGAUUCCGGCCACGUCGUAUCACGUUUAUUCAUCCGAUACUCCCAUGGUUUGCUGAGAGCUUUGGACAUAUGCCAGUCCGACCCCAUAGUGCCCGACAGUACUUCAGACGUCCCGUCUCUGCAGAAGAAGAUGCAAGUUUCCCAGAGAGAGGCCGACAUUCGUGAUUUGGUCAUUACAGGCCUCUCGCACCUUGUCACCUCAAACUCGGAGAACGCUCUCAAACACUGCAUUGCUUCUGCAUAUGAUAGCGAUAUGAGGAAGCGCACUAUCUUUGUCAACGUCUUUGCUCGAGUACUUGGACAAGGCACCAAGUUCGAGGCGCAAGGAAAUCCUGAAUUGCAAGCACGCCGAGAUCAACUGCGAGAGCUUGUCAAAGGAUCGGACAUGGUGCUUGCGAUGGUAAUAUGCGAGUGUUGUCCUGCCAAUGAGGUCGACAUGAUGAUCUCCGUGCUAAUGAAUAUAUUCGACACGAGAGCGUCACUCGUUGCCUUGUUGAAAACAAUGAUUGACCGAGAAAUAGCUCACACCUCAAGCGAGGCGGAACUUUUUCGAGGGAACUCGACGUGCACACGAUUCCUCUCAGCAUUUGCGCGGAUACACGGAUACAACUAUUUGCGAGGUCUAAUCGUCCCUCUCAUCAAGACUAUGACGUCUAUGCCCGCAGGUCAUGCAUAUGAUCUAGACCCCGCCAAGGCUAACCGAGACAAGCUUGAACAAAAUCAGAGGAAUGUCGAGCUGGUUGCCCUGUCUUUCCUCGACAUCAUUACUUCCUCGGUCCCUGCCCUGCCACCGAUGAUUCGAGAAGUUUGCGCUCACCUUGCGAAAUCAGUUUAUCAAGUUUGGCCAGAAUCGAAGUUCGCUGCCCUUGGUGCAUUCAUAUUUCUUCGAUUCAUUUCUCCCGCGAUCGUCGCUCCGGAGAUUGUUGAUGUUACAGUGCCCAGAGAUGAUGGCGGGGUCAUCCGCCGGGGCUUAAUGGUAAUAGCAAAGGUCAUGCAGAACCUCGCCAACAACAUGUUAUUCGCGAAGGAGGCUCACAUGCUUUGCUUGAACGAUUUCUUGGGCGUGAACAUCAAGAGCGUUACGCGUUAUCUGAGUGAAGUCAAUAAAUUCUCCUCUACUGCUGUCGACGAGGAGUCUACCGAGUGGUUGGGCACGACAGCCGAUGACACCGACACAAUCGUUCUUCAUCGCUUUUUGGACAAGCAUGCGGACAAGAUCGGCAAAGAGUUACUCAGCUACGCCAAAAUCAAUGCCUCUGGAGAAGAAGAUGUAUCAACUGCUAAUGCAAAGCGUGCAUGGGAGCACCUCUGUAAUUUACUUGUCGAACUGCAAGAAGUUCCCGAGGUUCCUCGUUUCUCAAAACUUCCUAGGACCGAGCACCGGGAAUUUAUUGACCUGAUGAAUCGCUGUGCCCAUCGCAGCAUCGAGUCUGUCCAGGAUAUCUUCGUAGCGGCCGACGUUCCUCUUGACUUACCUGCUGUGUUUGUUCUGCGAGUUUGCCAGAUCGAUGUCGAAGCUCUGGACAUCGAGUUGUUGAUGUACCACAGCCUGAAGACAUUGCUGUCACCCGCUUACGAGGACCGGAAGUUUGAAGUCGUCUUAGAUUGUACCUCGUUCACUUCGACUUCUGAGAUACCGGCGCAAUGGCUAACCACCUGCUCGCAACUCAUUCCGAUUGACAUCAGACUUCGUUUUUUAACUUCCUAUAUCUUGAACCCUAAUUCGCUCACCCAGAAGUAUCUGAGGCGGAUGUAUAACAUUUCGUCAGGAACCAUGCUCUCGAGUGGGGUAAGGGCCUGCUCGUCAGUUGCAGAUCUCUUGCAGUAUGUCCCACAAGAAAGUCUUACAGCACUGCGAUAUCCAACCUCUCUGGAGGAGGAAGCUAUCAUCGGCUAUACGGAAGUCACCAUGAGGCAAGCCCAUGAGAUGCGCAUGCCAGUGACCAUGGAGGUUGCGGACACUCAUGUCCGGGUUACUUCCAUCCGUGCAGCUGUCAUCUCUCCGAACUUAAACUGCAAGUCGACGGAGAUUAUCUCUCUUGCUGAUGUUAGCGACGUCUACAACGUAUCUACUGGCCUCGAUCCCUAUGAAUUCAUCAUCCGCAGAAGCAAGCAAGGUGUAACGUCCUACUUUUCCUCACCACAGCGUGAUAGCAUCGUCAAGUCCAUUCGUACCGCCAAAAGUCAACUGAGGGACACGCGCUAUUUCCGUAUGGAUAGGUUCCCCAGGUUCUCCAAUAUCUCCGCAACGCUACUUCAUGUAGGCAUGCUCAACAUCGACUCGGAAGAUGAGGGACUUCGCGGAGCUGCCUAUGACCUUUUAGGCGCUCUCUGUUCAUAUCUAAAUUAUGAUAAGAACCCCAUCAUCGUGUCGAAAGCGGGAAUUAUACCUGGAGACAUAUCUACAUUUGUCAUUGGACUGAGUGACCGCCUAGCUGGCUUUGCACCUAAACUCACACUCGAUUUCAUCUCUGUCAUAUCCGCUGGCAUGGACAAGGCCUCCGCUGCUCAACGUAUCACGUGCUUGCAGUAUAUGAGCCCUUGGGUGAAGAACCUCGCAAAUUUCUGCAAUCCAACUAGUUCAUUGUACGAGCACUCGGGAGCAAGGCUGCGAGACUGCAUUCGUUCCAUGAUUGACCUCACCAUCUCAGACUUAGAGAUAAAUUCCAUGAUACACAAACACAUCUGGGUAGAAAUCGGCCGUCAGGAUUCGACUCUCGUCUACAUAGUUCUCGAAGAGCUCAUCCGUGCUGCGUCUGACGGCGGCAUAGGGUCCCGAAGAUGUGAGACCAUCGCAAGGUCGACUGCUGCCUUAUCGUCCAUCAACGUCAGGGGAAGAAUUUUCUCAAAGUUAAGGAAAGCUCUUGGAAAAACUUCCCUUAAACCGUCCAAGACGCUGCCAGAUAACGUCCACUGGAACGAGAUUGCCACCCUCGCUCGUUUCGCGCUUGUAGCGAGCAACCACUCAAAACAAGCAGCAUAUGAUCAACUAUACAUCCCUGACGUCUUCCAUGUCGUUACGCUCAUCGCGGGCACAGGACAGACGUUAGUUCGCAAGUCACUAUAUGGCGUAAUCAUGAACUUCCUUCAGUCUGUAUACCUUAUGCGAGCUGAGGAUGCUAGCGCACCUGAAUUGCGCCUUCUGAUCGACGAGUUCAUCAAAGUGGAGAACCUUACACUGUUCGGUCUCACUCGCCAGUCGUGCACCAGCGAAUAUUGCAAUUACGAUCCUCCAAAUGACAAAGCAAUGAUUGACUCUCAAGAAUCUUUGACUCGUUUACUUGUCCGAGUGAUGGAGGUGACGUCCGGCUCAAGAGGCCUGCUCAAUAUCUGGCGCGCACGGUGGAUGAGUCUAGCGACAUCAACUGCUUUCCAGUUACCUGCGGCCAUUCAGUCACGCGCCUUCCUCGUCCUGGGCACUCUUGCAACUUCCGAUGUUGACGAUGAUCUAGUGUAUCAAAUGCUGGUGGCGUUCAAGAACGCGCUGGGACAGUCCACAGAGUCCGACACGAUGGCGGUGGUCUGCAUGCUGCGGUGCAUUUGCAAAGUAGUACCUUCCCUAACUGAAGGUUCCCGGUAUCUCUGCCAGAUUUUCUGGUUGGCUGUCGCUUUGCUACAAUCCAGCUACACUGCGUUUUAUUCAGACGCUGCUGAGCUCAUGCGUGCGACAGUCGAGACGCUGGAAAAGCACGGUGCCUUUGAAGGCAGUUCGAUACCCAAUGUACUACUGGACGGUCGGGUUUCACUGGAAGACACUGUCUGCCAACUUGAUCACUUGCUCUGCCUUUCUUUCGACUCCAGUUUUUCCUUCACACUCGCUGCCAUUAUCUUCAAGGGUGUCCGUCACAAUCACCUCAGAUCCUCUGCCGAGCUCGUUCUGCGGAGUUUGCUGUCAGUCACCACGCGGUGUGAUAGCCAAAAUGAGGAUGGCUCCGCUUCAGGCCUGUGUCCAGAUGCGCUUGGCUACUUCAUCGCCUUGCUCCCCUUCUGCACGACACACGAGGCUUACGUACAACUCCUACAAGACUGUAAGGGAGAAGAGUUUUUACCAGCACCUAACUCCUCUCGCUCUCGUCUCGUUCCUCGCGUUUCCGUCGAACUGCUGUCUCUGACGGACAGCACAUCCGCACUUCUCACCGUCUCGUUUGCGAGCACGUUGUUGACUACUGCACAAGGUGACGAUGCCGAGACCGAAAUCUUGUAUAACUUGCUGGCAGAUAUCGGGGUUACACACCCCGAAUCAGUUUCAAUUAUGCAAUUCUUUGAAAGCUAUGACAUCCUGCAGGACAGGAUCAAAGAUGCUUUCGCCAAUUCUUCGAAUGCUGCAAUCAUUAGAGCUGUGACGAGCAUCUUCCGCAAUGCACAAGAUUCACUGCGCCUGGGAUCGAUACACUCGAUGUCUGUAUCCACGCUCAGCACAGUGGAUGAAGGCAAUCCAGCGCAAAGCCUGAAGCAGAAAUUGGAAGAGUUGGGUAUGGACGGCCUCACAACAAGCUUCCAGUUCUUGGCUCCCAAUCGCAGUCAUUGGUCGAAGAUUGCUGCUUGGAUAUCUGACCUGGUUCUAAAAAUAGUUGGUUUGGAAUAA